AUGUCUCCACGGAUUGUCCUCAUCACCGGAGCCAAUUCAGGCAUCGGCCUUGCGACUGCCAAGGUACUGGCACAGGCCUCCCAAGAAUUCCACGUAAUUAUCGCCUGUCGGUCCCUCGAAAAAGGCAUGCAAGCCCUAAACGAACUGAAGCAAGACGGGAUAACGGGAAACGUAUCGACCGUGCAACUAGACGUGACAGACGAGACAUCAAUCCAAGCCGCAGCAACAAACGUGCAAGAGCGAUUCGGACAUCUCGAUGUGCUGAUAAACAACGCCGGAGUGGCGAGUCGGCACCCGGACAUCAAGACCCGGCUUCAACUCUGUAUGGAUACCAACGUCAUUGGACCGGCAGUCGUGUCGGCCGCCUUCCGAUCCCUGCUCUUGCAGUCGCUAAACCCCUACUCUAUUUACGUGAGUAGUGGGGUCGGAUCCCUGGCCCUAGCGUCGGAUCCCACGUCUAAGGUGUUCCGGGGUCCGUCGAAUGGGGAGGCGUAUCGUGCUAGUAAAUCUGCUUUGAAUAUGAUCAUGCUUCAGGAUUGGGUUGAGAGCCGCGAUACACCGCUUAAGGUCUUUGCGGUUUGUCCAGGGUUUGUCCGAUCGAAUCUGCGUGGGACAAGUGAGGAGGAGCGCAGUGGAUGGGGGCAUGCGAGUGAUCCGUCCAUCUCGGGAAAUACGAUACUGAGUAUCCUGGAGGGCCGGAGGGAUGCUGAUAUUGGGAGGUUCAUUCAUAAGGAUGGGAGUUUCCCUUGGUGA